AGGCAUUUGACUUGUCUUUGUGGCAGCGGCCAGCUUUCCCAUGAAGACAUUAUGGCUACAAAGCCACAGCCCAGAGCCCCUGAACAACGAUGAGUUGUCGUUGUUCCUGGAGCUCAUUGACCAUUUCGGACCUUGGCCAGCCGGGAAUUGUGCGGCAGGUCAAGAAGCUCUCUUUGCCUCGGCGCCUUGCUGCAGAGGAUCCGAGCUUGCCGCAUGGAACGUUCCUGCCAGAGCCACGGCGAUGCUACUCUCAAGGAGCUUUGCUUCCGCCCAGCCGCUCCACCACCACCCCGUGCAGCUCCUCCAGGAGCCCAGAAGAGGCGAACUGGGACGAUACGCUUGCGGCCGUCCAAAGAUCGGCGCGCAGCACAACGUCUGAACCCAGAUGGGAGCCGCAACUGGGCAGCCCAGUACUUCCGAGGCCCGUGCUCUCGCGGCCUUUGCGCCGUCCCAGCAGCGCGACCAGCUUGGGCCUUGAGCGGCUGGUGGAGGAGGCUGAGACCGCGCUGCGGGAGGUGCCAGUGCGCAGGCAAGAGCGGCGGCCGCAGCCUCGGCGGCGGCAUCCCUUCAGCGACCUGCUGGAAAUGCUGCCGCAAGAGACCAGGAUGCGCCCGCUCAGCGACAUCUUCGAUCGCUUGGAGCGGCCCAAGCUGCAGUCCAAGCAGCAGGAGAGGCUACGGGAACAACCGGAGCUGAAACCGGACCCGAAGGCGAAGCUGGAGGCAGAGGCUCGCCGCCCGAAGCCUUCAGGCUGGGUUCCGAUGACUCCGGCGAGUGAGGGGGAGUCAAAGCUCUCAGUGUCCAGCCAGUGGCUCGAGCUAGAGGGCGAGCAGCUGGCAGAGGGCGGCGAGGACGGGACCACGUUGCGGGCCGUUUUGGACUCCUCCCUCGGACAGGAGGUGCAAGAAAGUGAGGCCAAGUGCCUUCUGGCCGAAGCGCAGGAGCCGACUCGAUUGAAGGAUCGAGGCAACAAGAUGCCGCGGAACCAGGAGGUGACUCUCAGCGGGCUUUUGCAGUCCAUGGAAGAGGACGAGCACCUCUCGCGCUUGGCGCGCAUCGGGCCUGUGCAUCCUCCCACGCUGGAGGAAACCCUGCAGGACAUGGCCCUGGCGGUGGCGAACGCGGACAGCGCGCUGCUGGCGUCCCACCCGCCCUCGCAGCUGGAAGCGUCGGCGCAGCUGAAGAGCGCCGCAGCGGCGAUCUCCCAGGCGCCGAGGAAGGAGUCGAAAGAAAAGCUGGAUCAGGAGAAGCAGGAAAAUCAAGAGAGGUCACCAGAGCAGGAGGAGCCUCGAGCCGUGCCCUUGGCCACGCCGCGGAGCGCGGAGAUCGCCAGCGAGCUGCUUCGUAAGAAGUCGGUGAAGAGUCCUCUCCUCUCUGAUUUGGAUGCUGCCAGCGUACUAAGCUAUCGCAAGGAUGCGGAUGUGGCCAGUGUGCUCAGCUACCGCAAGGAGGUAGAGGAGACCGGUCUUACCCCGGAGGCCCUUGCGCGCUUCCUCACCAAGAGCGUGGCAGUACAGCAAGUGCCGCGAGCGCAAGCGCAGCAAGCACGCCCAGGCCAGAGCCAAAGGUGCCAAAGGCCGUGGAGGGCAGCCGCUCUCGAGUCUCUUCAGAGGACAGUGCCCCGUCUGAUGUCAGCUUCUUUGGCCGCUCCGAGACACGCGAGGCCUCGCGCAGGAACAGCACCAGGUCUGUACCAGGCUCGCUUUCUGGACGAUCUGUCACCAUUCCUAAUGCGCCUGUGGACUGCGCGCUUUGCGGGCGAAAGGGGGCUGGUCAAAACGGCACCUGCUUCUGCCAUGAGUGCAGCCAACGCAUGAACCAGCUGGAUGCCGGAUCGCCCGCCAACAGUCCAGGAGGCAACCGCGAUGAGGGCUCCUGCGUGCUCUGCGGCCGCCGAUUUUUUUGCGAGGACAAGUCCCAAAGCAGUGUACUCUGUCCCGCCUGCCUUUCUGGGCGCUAAGGUGCCGCCCUGUGCAUGCCCAGAAAAUGUAACGAUGCUCGCUCCACAUGGACGCGUGCAGCAAAUGCUUGAGGCCGACGCACCAACCGCGCGUGCGACAAAA